AUGGUUAGGCGAGCGGCGGGUGGUCGAGCGGGCGAUGAGAGAGGGAUGGCUGAGGCGGUCGGCGGCGGAGGCGAGUGGUCGAGGGUGGUUGAGGCGGUCGAUGGAGCGAGUGAGCGGGUGGUCGAGCGGCACGAUGGCGGUCGAGUGGGCGGUCGAGCGGGCGGUCGAAUCGAUGAGCGAUCAGGUGGUGACCGAUCAGGUGAGCGGAGUGGUCGAGUGAUCAGGCGAUGGCGAUCGGGGAAGCUGGAGAAAGCCGAGGAUGUCAUGCAGGAGGAGGCGGGUGACAGGUGA